GUCAACAGAAACUACUUUUAUCUCUUGGGACACCGAACGUCGUGUUUUGUUUUUCUUUGUUUUGUCUGGGACAAAAAUCUGACAAAGGUCAGUUUGUUUAAGACAAACGUGGAGCGUGGACCUUCACUGGACCCUGGAUAUCAGUGACAGCUGAACAUGUGCAACUUCCAGGUCCUGGUCGUGUUGUCAGUGACGCUGGCUGCAGCUGAAGGUCAGACCUUCCACCUCGGCUCCUGCCCUCGACCUUCAGUUCAGGAGAAUUUGAACGUUUCACAGUACAUGGGAGUCUGGUAUGAGAUCGAAAAGCUUCCAGCAGCAUUUGAAAGAGGAAAGUGCGUCCAGGCGUCGUACUCUCUCCUCAGUGAUGGAACGGUCAACGUCUACAACUCUGAGAUUCUCUCUGACGGGACGGUAAAUUCAAUCCAAGGUGUGGCUAAAGUUAAGGAUCCUUCUCAGCCUGCCGUCCUCAGUGUCAGCUUCUUUAAAGGUUUUCCAAGUUCACCCUACAUGGUGCUGUCCACAGAUUACCACUCCUACUCUCUGGUCUACUCCUGCAGCCAAUACUUUGGUCUUUUCCACGUCGACUUUGCCUGGAUCCUGGCUCGAACUCCAGCUCUGACCGCGGACGUCAUCGGCAGGUUACAUGAAGAUCUGGCCACCUCCGCAGCUGCUGUGGACGCGAAGCAGCUGAUCGUCACCGACCAGACCGGCUGUGACAUCAUCAUCAACUGACCACUCCUCACUGCCACUUUUGAAAGCGGUGAUUGAAGGAUCAAAAGCUUCUCCCUGCUUCCCGUCAGAGGGAAAAUAAAUUGAGUGUGUUGAGAGAA